AUGUCUGACUCCUACGAUUACAUCCUCAUUGGAGGAGGCCUGACCGGCUGUGCUUUGGCCGGUCGACUAUCAGAGAAGCACGAGUCGCUCCGCAUCCUGAUCAUCGAGGCUGGCCCCCGAUCAUCCUCUCACCAGCACCCCUGCCGGCAGGGCCCUGGGGGGAGGUACCUCCGUCAACUACGGCACCUGGACCCGGGACAAUUCCGCGGACUACAACCUCUGGGCCAAGCUCGUUGGAGACUCGAGCUGGAGCUACGACGGCCUUCUCCCUUACUUCAAGCAGACCGAGACGCACUACACUACGAUGCCGAUGUCGAUCCGGCCAUCCACGGCACUAGCGGUCCGAUUCAUAAUAUGAUUGUCGCCCGUACCAGCCCGGACCGCAAGUAUCCGCUGAAGGAGCCGAUCCGUUCUGCAUGGAAACGCAUUGGUGUCAAGUAUAUUACAGACGCCAACGAUGGGAGCCCCCUGGGGCUCGCCGACUUCGGAGAGAAUUGGCGGGAUGGACAGCGUCAACUUGCCAGUAACGCAUACGGUCUGUCGGGGCGUCGGAGCGUCUCUAUUAUAACCGACACGCUGGUGGCGAAGGUGAUCCUCCAAGAGCAAGAUGGCCAGCAGGUCGUGACCGGGGUGAAAGUGGCAACUGGAGAGGAAUACCAUGCCUCCAAAGAAGUGAUCAUUUCCGCUGGAGCAUACCGGACCCCCCAGGUGCUCAUGCUCUCUGGGAUCGGACCGGCGGAAGAGCUGGCGGCACACAACAUCCCACAGUUGUUUAAUGCGCCAGAGGUCGGUCGCAAAUUCCAUGAUCACUUCUGCUACCCCCAAUGGUGGAAACUGCGUCAUCCCGAACAGGGCCUCUCGAUGGGAACUCCGCUUUGGCAGAGCCCAGCAUAUGGCAUGGGAGUACCCUACGAUUGGAAUGUGACCUUGCAAACCCCGUCGGACAAGUUGACACCGGCAUUGCAGGCCGAUGAUGGACAAGAUCCCCAGGACCAUCCGUACUUGGAUCCAACAUUCGCUCACUCCGAGGUUCUGGUCAUCUAUGCGCCGAUGAGUCAAGCCGUAGCCGGGUUUGAGACACCUAUGGAUGGCACGCACAUCAGCACUGCUGUUCUCUUGAUGGCCCCUGCAACACGCGGUCAAAUCACCCUCUCGGAUGCUGACCCGGCGAGCCCUCCUGUAAUUGACCCGAAUUACUACUCGAAAGAAGUGGAUCGAGCGAUUGUGAGGGACGGAAUUCGAACGGUGGCCAAGCUUCUUCUCGAUACUCCCGAAGGUAAGGAGAUAGUAGAUCAUGAAGUCCCCCGACCAGAGAAUCAACUUAUGAGACCCGAUUCUACCGACGAGGAGAUUGACGAGAACGUCCGGCGUGGAGGAAUCACGUUCUUUCAUCCAAGAGGAUCGGCAGCUAUGGGACAAGUGGUCGACACUCAACUGCGGGUCAAGGGCGUCAAAGGCCUGCGAGUCGCGGAUGCCAGCGUACUCCCCGUUCCCAUCACCGGGCAUUACCAGGCCGUCCUGUAUGCGCUGGCUGAGAAAGCGGCGGACCUGAUUUCAGGCUAG